AUGUUAAAUAACCUUGAAGAACCGUCUAUCAUUGUGAUGGAUAAUGCAUCAUACCAUUCGACACUAGUUGAUAAUUUUCCUAAGUGUAAUGCUAGAAAAUCAGAUGUUCAGGAUUGGCUAACCAAAAAAAAUAUUACAUUUUCUCCAUUAGAGACGCUAGCGGAACUUAAACAAAGGGUCAAAUUCCUAAUUCCGAUCGAAAAAAAAUAUGAAUUAGACGAAUUGGCAUUGAAAAUGGGUCAUGAGGUGAUUCGACUACCACCAUAUCACUGCCAAUACAAUCCCAUAGAACUGAUAUGGGCUAAAGUAAAAAAUAAGGUAGCGACAAAAAAUAAUACAUUCAAAAUGGUUGACAUAGAAAAGCUAACACAUGAAGCGUUAGAUUCAAUUACGCAAAAUGAUUGGGAAAAAUGUGUGAAACAUGCCGAAUUGCCGAAUCAAUACAAGACAAGGACUACGAUAAAGAAAUUUUAA